GGCGUGGCGCAGGCGCCAAGGGGCGAGGCCUUGACGGACCUUUGCGAGUCGCAGGUCCUGGGAAGCUAACUUGCAAGUGGCACUUGUUAAGUGUUGUUGGAGAAACAUUCAGGUUUUUUAGACUCCCUCGAGGUGUUUUGCCACUGGUGGAUAUUCCAAGAUGACGGUGAUGAGUCACCUGAGAGUGAUUCUGCAAGCAUCUUCAUGUACAUUGCUAUGGAGAAGGUUCCGGGUUCUGAGGUCUAUGCCAGUGAGGUCCUGCAGUCUCUACACUUGCACUUACAGAACCAGGAACCGAGCCUUACCGCCACUCUGGGAGAACUUGAACCUUGUUCCUGCGGGUGAUCGUCAGUCACCCAUCAACAUCCGAUGGAGGGACAGUGUUUAUGACCCUGACUUAAAACCACUCACCAUCUCAUAUGACCCGGCCACCUGCCUCCACAUCUGGAAUAAUGGGUACUCUUUCCUCGUGGAAUUUGAAGAUUCUACAGAUAAAUCAGUGAUUGAGGGAGGACCCCUGGAACACAACUACAGACUGAAGCAGUUUCAUUUUCACUGGGGGGCCAUUGAUGCUUGGGGCUCUGAGCAUACCGUGGACAGCAAAUGCUACCCAGCAGAGCUGCACCUGGUACAUUGGAAUGCAGUCAAAUUUGAAAAUUUUGAGGAUGCAGCACUGGAAGAAAAUGGUUUGGCUGUGAUAGGUGUGUUUCUAAAGCUAGGUAAACAUCAUAAAGAACUACAGAAAUUGGUAGACACUUUGCCAUCAAUUAAGCACAAGGACACCCUGGUGGAGUUUGGCUCAUUUGACCCCUCCUGUCUGAUGCCUACUUGCCCAGAUUACUGGACCUACUCUGGGUCUCUCACUACUCCGCCCCUCUCAGAGUCUGUUACCUGGAUCAUUAAGAAGGAGCCAGUAGAGGUUGACCAUGAUCAGCUUGAGCAGUUUCGGACCCUGCUCUUCACUUCUGAGGGAGAGAAAGAGAAAAGAAUGGUGGACAACUUCCGGCCACUUCAGCCACUGAUGAAUCGCACUGUCCGCUCAUCCUUCCGCCAUGAUUAUGUGCUCAAUAUGCAAGUGAAGCCCAAGCCAACAGCCAGCCAAGUCACCCCCUAAGAUGUUCAUAUUUAGGCAGCAUCUUGCUUUAAUGCAUAUUAGCUUAAAAUUUUAACUAGAUUAUUUUAGAAUACUGCACUUAAUAAUGCUUAUAUAUAUAGAUAUACAUUUAACUACAUUAUUUUAGAACACUGCACUUAAUAAUGCUUAUAUAUUACAUACAUUUAACUACAUUAUUUUGGAACACUGCACUUAAUAAUACAUAUACAUAUAUAUAUAUAUAUAUAUUUCUGUGUUUUUUUUUCCCCCUUUAUUUUCUGUAACAACAUUUCAAAAUUCCUGUUCUUGUAAAGCAAAGACAGGGAGACAAAACAAUAAAAACAAAAACCAAUACCCAAAUAACAUCAAGUUACCUGAGGUUACCCUUUCUUGUGACAGGAUUAAGGCAGAGGACUCUUUAUUAGCUGUUAAAUCUCUCUAAUCUCUGUUUCUUAGAAAGUCAGAUAAACAGUUUAGUUUCCCUUUGGUGACAUGGAAGUUUAAUGUUAGUGCCCAAUCUUGAUUUUUUUUUCCCCUUGUUUGGGCCUAAUAGAGGAGCUUAACCUACAACAAGAAGAUCUUGUGAAUUUUAUUUAACAAUGCCCCCUUUUGUUCAAAUUGUUAAAUUGUCUCAUCUUUCAGUAUUGGUCCCACUCUUAGCUACUUACCAUCAUUUGGACCUGCCCAUCUCAAAAUGGCAGUCAAAAGUUAGGUGUGCAUUUAUUGGUUUCAGAGUAUUUCAUCUGUCUUUUUUAAUUAUUAUUAUAAAGUCUCACUGUGUAUCCCUGGCUGUCUUGGAACUCACUGUGUAAAACAUUCUAGCCUUGAACUCACAAAAAUAUGUCUGCCUUUGCCUGCCAAGUGCUAGGAUUAAAGGCUUGUGCCACCA